AUGGAUAACGAUGGUUUUAUACUUGAAAAAAUAUCAGAAAAAAGCAAUGAGACUUAUAUAUCAACACCAAAAAAUCAUUCAAGAAUCAAAGUUCAAUCUCACAGUACCGAUGAUAUAAUACCAACAGUAAAUGAUUCAACAAUAAAUGGUACUAGAUUUCAAUUAUAUAAUAAUAAUAGUGAACGUAAUACAUCUAUAAAAACUGUAUCCGAACGUAUAUCAACAAUUAGUAAAAAUAGUAAUGAACAAAUAUUAAAUGAAAGAAAUAGUGUUAAUUCGGGAAGUAUUGCUCCAUUACCACCAAUAUCGUUGAAAGCGACAACAAUACCAAAUUAUGAUACAGUUCAAAAACCAAGUGCACAUGAUAAAGACAACAGUAGCGAUGAAGGUGGAGAUAAGAAUGUUAAUCAUUAUCAAGAUGGAGAUGAACUCGAAGUACAUCAGUUGAGUGUAGGAGAUAUUGACGCAUAUUUAGACAUUUAUUUUGAGACAUUAAAUAAUCGUUUAAAACAUUUAAUUGGAGGUGAUCAAAAAUUAAUAGAGUUUCGAAAUGCAACAAAAGAACGAUUAAAAUCGGAUCAAAAUUCACGAGAAUAUCAGACUGUUCUGUUAGGCAAAAUUGGUGGCGAUGUCUUGGCUGCUAUUACAAUGAUAUUCAAUGCUGAUCGAACAACCAUAACUCGAACACAAGCGUUCCAAUCACAACAACGAGGCUGUCUGACACGUAUACAUAAUUGGAUGAUAAGUAAAGCAAAUUAUAUUCCAACUUAUUCAGAAGAAUGUUAUAUUGAAAUGAUUGGUGUUAAAGCAAAUUAUCGUCGUCAAGGCAUUGGUGCAGCUAUGUUAGAAUGUGCUGAACAUUUUGCAAGAAAAGCUGGUGCUCGAUGGUUAACAAUUCAUGUUCAGGGAAAUUUACGAGACUAUUUCGAACGUUUCGGUUUUGAUAUCGAUCCUACAGAUCACUCGCCGUUGUGGAAAUGGUUAAUUGAACGACAAUCAACAGAAAAAAUGAAUAAAUCAAUAACAGCCGAAGAUGACAACGACGACGAAAUGGGUGCAGGUGGUUAA